UAAGGCUGAUUCUUUUGGCCUCUACUUUGAGAGGGCUUUAUUUUCUUUAAUUGGCAUCGGUUUCUUGAAUUUUGUUGAUCAAUGGCGAAUACCCAGUUGCAGAAAUAUGGGUUAUUAUCAAGGGAACAGUUGGUUUAUCUAUUUGAUCGAUUUUCUGUUCUGAUUUCCCAGCCUGAUGUCAAGAGGAGGAUUGUAGAAGCUGUGAAUGACAAGCAGGAACCUGUUGCUGUCACUACUGCAAUUCAGGAAGAGAUAUUUUUGGAGAUGGGGGUUGAUCCAAGUUUAGGUCUUGCAUGCCUGGGGAAGGUGAAUAUGACUUAUGAGAAUGAUCAGGAUUUGCUGAUUCGCUAUUAUAGAUUUGUUGCGAAUGAAGAGGUAGCCUGUGAUGAAGCUGAGCUCGGGCCUGAGGAAUUUGCUGAAAAGCUUCAUAGUCAACAAAAACUACAGGAACAGCAACUGGAGAUGCUAAAGUACAUGCGCAAAUUUCACCUGGAUGACCAAUCUGCAAUCCUUGAGAAGUUACACCAUCAGAUGGAAGAUGCUAAUUUUGACAGUGAGGCAUCAGUUUUGUCAUCAGAACAGAUUCAAGAGAUUGUUCGAAGGAGGGUGUCUCCUUUAUUCAGGCCAAGAGCGAUGAAGAAUCCAAUGUAAUGCUUCCUGUGAUACCCUGAUUUGGUGGAUCUUCAACUACUUAGUCCAUUGCCAUUCCCAGCAAGCUCUCUUAAACAUAAUCUACAUGUCUCCAGCAAGAACAGUUGGUGAAAUUUCGUGGUACAAAGAUGCCUUUGCUGUGUAAACAAAAACUGAUUGUGGAACUGGCUUAUAAAUAGUUUGAAUUUUACUGGUAUUUUAGAUUGAAUAUUAAAAGAUAACAUACCCUUUAAAAAGCCUACAUGUAUGGAAUGAGUUUUCUUGUUGGGGACUCUUGAGGAUGUGUUUGUAUAUAGCUCUCCUGGAAGAAAAAC